GCUACAGAUCACGCGCUCCGGCCUGCCGCGAGUCUGUGCGGAGCGGAGCGCAGCCAAGACAUGGCGGCCGUACGCAGCUUGCGCGUUUCCGUGAAGCCGGAGGCCGCCUCCGAUCGCCCGGAUUCGGAUUCCGACUCCGAUUCUGAGCGAGAUGCUCGCGAACCGGAGCCCAUGGAGGUGGAGGAAGGGGAAAUCGAGACUGAGAGUGAGGCCGUUCCGGUUCGGCGGGCCCUGAAAGAGUUCAUGCCGGAUCCCAGGAGGCGGUACGCAAACAAAGCCGGGACCUUCAUCACGGGCAUCGACGUUACAUCUAAGGAGGCUGUGGAGAAGAAGGAGCAGCGGGCCAGGCGCUUUCACUUCCGUGCUGAGGUCAACCUGGCCCAGAGGACCGUGGUACUGGACAGGGACAUGAUGAAGAAAGCCAUCCCCAAGCUGCGGCCCGAAGCUCUGCAUGUCUGCGGGGUGGACGAGAUGAGCACCCAGGACAUUUUUGGGUAUUUCAAGGAGUACCCGCCAGCUCACAUCGAGUGGAUCGACGACACGUCCUGCAACGUGGUCUGGCUGGAUGACAACACUUCAACCCGAGCCCUUAUCAACAUCAGCCGCAUGCCAGACCCCGAAGCUCCGCCCACGGUAACGGCCAGCUCCCCGGAUGGCCACCAGCCAGCCCAAGAGCGCAGGGCACGAGGAGAACGAGACUCCGAUGACGAGGAGGAUGAGGAGGAAGGAGAGGUGGAUGACGAAAAUGAGGCGGCUAAGGAAGGGAAAAGUGUUGAGGAGAAAGCUGGCGAGAACAAAGGCGACGAGGACCAGGCGGGGACAAAUGCCGAAUCUGACAGUGUGCAGUCGGACCCUCUGUCACAGGCAGAGAAAGAGUCGCUCCUCCGUAAUGACCUUCGUCCAGCGAUCCGGCCGUUUGCUGGGAAGAAGCUCUUCCUGAGGUUUGCCACUCACGACGAUAAGAAGGAGCUCGGAGCGGCCAGGCGCAGCCGUUACUACAUGAAGUACGGGAACCCCAAUUACGGCGGCAUGAAGGGCAUUCUGAGCAACUCCUGGAAGCGCAGGUUUCACACUCGCAAAAUGCAGAGGGACGUCCUGAGGACCAAGAAGCCACUGAUUGGAGACAGUAUGGGCCACACACCCCCCUACACACACCGGCACUCGGACCUGGUGAACUUACCUGAGGAACCAAUUGAGGAAGAGGAGGAAGAGGAAGAAGAUGGUGAGGAAGACAUGGACUCGGAUGACCGAGUUGUGGAGUACUGGGGGGAGAAGGAGAGCGAGCGCGACAGGGACAGGGAGAAGGACAGGGACAGGGAGAAGGACAGGGAGAAGGACAGGGACAGGGAGGAGGACAGGGAGGAGGACAGGGACAGGGAGGAGGACAGGGAGAAGGAGAGGGAGAAGGACAGGGGCAGGGGCCCACGUAAGCCUGCCCCGGCAUCCGGAUCAUCCGACUCAGACGAGAUGGAUUACGACCUGGAGCUGAAGAUGAUCUCCACUCCGUCGCCCAAAAAGAGCAUGAAGAUGACCAUGUAUGCUGACGAGGUGGAGUCCAACCUCAAGAGCCUGCGGAGCUCCACACGUGCGGACAGUCUGUCCGGCUCCAGCCUGAGGAACCGGAUUGGACCGGGGAGCGGGACCAAGGCAGAGAAGGUGACGGACGUCAGGCAACUGCUGGAGGAGAAACGCCAGGGCUUGUCCCAACAGCGCCCCCCGGUGGCGUCCAGCGGCAAGACAGAUGUGAGGCAGAGGUUGGGAAAGAGGCCACACUCCCCGGAGAGUCGCCGCUCGCCCUCGCCCUCCCGUGCCCCCCAGAGGGACCCCCCUCCACGCCGGGAGCCCCUCACGGACGUCCGCAGCCGGCUGGGCGUGCCCAAACGUGAGCCGGUUCGGCAGCACUCCGAAACGACCAAGGACAGCAAGUCGGGAGGCCUGUGGAGUCGACUGGGCACUUUGCCAAAAGACAGAGAGCCCGAAAGGAAGGAGGAGGCAGGCCGGCGUGGGCGGAGCGGCAGGCAGGGCGAGGAGGACGAGGAGGACUCUGACCUGCAGAAGGUGUGGGGCGCCAUGAUCAAGGAAAAGGAGGAGCAGUCUCACAAGAAGAAGAGCCGCCUGGACAGCCUCCCCUCCUUGCAGAUAGAGAUCAGCCGUGAGAGCAGCAACAGCUCAGACAGCGAGUCCUGAAGGGGGCGCCACACGCCCGGCGCAUUGGGCCCGCCGGCCUCCACACGGCUCUCCUCCUCAGCUUCAGACUGCCUGCUGUCGCUCUGUGGCGAGCGCCCCCUGCUGGAGGAAUGUGCCUGUAAAUAAUACGACUCUUUCUGACAAAGCCAGAGAGCUACUGGCGUAAAUGUACCUGAAAGACGUCAUUUUUUUUCUCUUUGUUUUUUGAAACGAAAGAUCAGGAUGGGGAACUUUCUUUUUAAAAUUCUCCGUUAUGAAAGUGUGCUAAGGGUGUCUGUGUGAGACGGGGACGCAUCGUGCUCUGAAUGUGCCCCGGUAACCUUUUUUUAUAAAGUGUUGUCACGUUAAUGAGCGUCUUGUUUGUUCAGCCUGUGAACAUGAUCUUCACACAGCC